AAUGAUUAUUUUUAUUCUGAUGAACUUGAUUUUGCUAAAGCACAAAAAUUUAAGAAAAAAUAUCAUAAUAAAUUAUUUUCAGAAUAUAGUUUUUUUGAAUUGAAAACAAUUAACACAGAAGAAAAAUAUCAAAAAUUAAUAUCUAUUGCAGCUUCUUUAAAAAUGUCAUAUCAUCCAAUAGAGAGUAAUUUACCAAUUAUUAUGGAGAAAACGAUUUCUGGUUCUUGUGCAUCAGGAAAAUCAAGUGUUGGUUAUUUGUUAGCAACAAAAUUAAAUUAUCAAUUUAUAGAAACCGAUUUAUUUUAUCAAUAUCUAGCGUCAAAAACAUCAAGUUUUGAUGAAGAAGAAUUGAUAAAUAUUUUAAAUAAUGAAGAACCUAAACAUUUAUUUCAGAUUGACAAUACAACACUUUAUGAGAAAGAUAAUGAUAUAAAAAAACGAGCAUUUGAGCUAUCAAAAAAUGUUAAUAUUCGUAAAAAGAUUAGUGAAAUUAUUCAAAAAAAUAUGAAAAAGAAAGGUUUUGUGGUGGUAGGUUGUGAUUCAACAACUGAUAUUCUUCCUGAUGCUGAAAUUAAACUUUAUUUAAUAGCUAAUUUUGAAACACGUGUUGAUCAUCGACAAAAACAAUUUAAUUCAGAAAAUUUGAUAUGGUUAGAUAUAAUAACACGUAAUUCUUCUUUGAUUAAAAAAGCGCAAAAAAUAUCUGAUAAUAUUGAUAUAACAUAUCUUGAGAUAUUAGAAGUUGUUGAUUUGAUAUUGAAAAAUGUUUUUUACAA